UUAUCAUCACAUCCAACCCGUUUAAUUUUUUGCUAAGUUCUGUGUCUCCGCGUAAUUUUCCUUUUAUUUUGUACUUAUUUUGUUCCCGCUGCCGUGAAGUAGCUCGCCGGCAGCCCCCCUGUUAAGGCGACUGACGACGUCGUAUGGCAAAUCUUGUGCUUCGAGGCUUUCGACGACUUCCCUUUCUUUCACUUCUCAAAAAGCCACUGCCGUCUGCUUCUUACAGGCCAAAUCUCGGGACCCCAGAAAGCUUUUUUUACUUAUCAAGGCUAGUGUCUCAAAAUAACUUAACCCCAAAAAACCCAUUUUGGGAAUUUAGAGGCUUUAGCCAUGGGAGUGUGAAUUUUGUGAUAACAAAAGAUGGGAAGCCCAAGUUUGAGACACAUGAAGUGGAGGCACCAAAGAAGGAGAAAUGGAAGACAAAGAAGAGGCUGAAGCUACAAAGGAAGAGAGAUAAGAAGAAGAGAAAAGCUGCAAAUAAGAGAGAUCCAAGAAGGCUUGGUGUUAAGGGGAAGAAAAAGAAGCAGAAGUUUGAUACUCCUGAAGAAAGAAUUAAGCAGAAGAUUGACAAUGCAAAAGUCAAAGAAGCCAUGCUAAUCGAGAGAUUAAAGCGUUAUGAGGUUCCCAAAGUUCAAGGUCCUGAGGUUAAGCCGCAUUUUCUCACUGGUGAGGAACGAUUCUAUAUCAAAAAGAUGGCACAGAAAAAGUCUAAUUAUGUGCCAAUUGGCAGAAGGGGAGUCUUUGGAGGUGUUAUUCUCAAUAUGCAUCUACAUUGGAAAAAGCAUGAAACUGUCAAAGUCAUAUGCAAUUCCUCCAAACCUGGUCAAAUCCAAGAAUAUGCCGAUGAAAUUGCAAGAUUGAGUGGUGGCAUCCCAAUUCAAAUAAUUGGGGAUGAUACAAUAGUUUUUUACAGGGGAAGGGAUUAUGUGCAGCCCAAAAUUAUGUCUCCUAUUGAUACACUGUCUAAGAAGAGGGCGUUGGAAAAGUCCAAGUAUGAGCAAUCACUUGAGUCUGUGAGACGUUUCAUUGCCAUUGCUGAGAAGGAACUUGAACUCUACUACAGACAUGUUGCCCUAUACGGUGACCCAAAUAAUCGGAGUGCUUACUCCAUCCUUGAUGAUUCAAGAAGUGUAAGAGAAAAACGAAAUGCUGAAAUGGGAGAGGAGAACUAUUCAGCAAGCGAAACUAAUCCCUCGGAUCUCGAGUUGUCAGAAAGUGAUGAUAAGUGUUCUGAUGACAACCAGUCUUUAAGCGAAUUUGAAUUCGAGGAUACUGACGAAUCAAAUAGUGAUGACUUGGAUUCUGGGGAGGGAAACUCUUUUAAUUACUCAAGUAGCAUACACGGAAAUACUAGUAGAUAUUCCAAAGAUAACUGGCAUAAUUCAUAUUUGAUGAAUGGGAGUCUGCAAAGAAAAGCGUCGCCAAGGGGGAUAGCAUGCGUCCAAAUCAUAGUAGAGACAAAGAAUGUUAGAUGAUUUCUUCCGAUCUACUUAAGUCUUGGUGGGCCGAGUUACAAAGGUCAUUCACAGAAGAUUUUGUUAAAGUAUUGGAGAUGUAAAGGAAAUUACAUACAAGAUGCAUGCAAGUACGCCACUUUAAAAACCAAAUGAUUUCUUAGCUGCUUGAAGAAGCAACAAAUGGAUAAGACACCUCAGAUUGUAAAAUUAUUCAUGCCAAGAAUGAACUAGCUAAUUAAGAAAGCAAAGCAUAAAAGUCGAAAUUGGAAGAGAGAUCCCGACAGGCAAGACAACAAUUGGCUGUGGAUGUGCGAUGUUAAAUAGCAAGAGACAGUGACAAAUGUUAUACCUUCAAAUCGACAUAAGUUCUAUGUUAUCACGCCAUCUGCCAAACAACAGAACAAUAACUGAAAAACUGAAUAAACAAAUCAGAAGUCUGCAGCCCGACCCACGUUGUACUUCAUUAUCACUUGGGGGAGUUUGGGUGAUGACGUUAAUGAAAUUUGAUAGAUUGAUGAUUUUUUUUUUUUUUUUGAGAUCCCAAGAGCUGUAACUCGUUGUACAGAUACAUAGCACUCACUUGGUGCUAUUUUGUGAAGAAAUAAAUACCUUAUUUAUAAUAAAAGUCAAUAAUAAUCUAGAAUCCCA